CAGGACGGCAGGCGUGUGCGCAUGCGCCGGGGCUCCUGUAGGAACCACUUCCUGCCAAAUAGUGCUCCCUGACAACAGACAAAGCUUCGCUGCGCCGAUCCCCGCGGAGAGUCUGGAUAAAGGCGGCGGGACCCUUCCAUGGGUCCGGACCGGCGGCUCUGCAGAGCCUGAGACGCAGCGGCUCGCCCCGCCGCCGACAUGGACGAGCAGCAGGAGCGCCCGGCGAAGAAGGCAAAGAUGGAGGCCGACGGCGAGCAGGAGCCUGAGCAGAGGAACUUAAAUUCUGACGGGCCUCCAGCGACGGUUCUGGCUUCUUCAGAGGAGGACGGUUCUUACGCCGCUCUGUCUGCGGCCCGGCUUGAUCCAGGUGAUCCGGAGCAGGCGAGUAGCGAGCCAGGAGGAGAACCGCCCAUCGGCGACGCCGUGGACUCGUACUCGCACGCAGACGCCGGCCCGGCCCAGUCCGACUACGGCCAGCAGGUCUAUCAGGAGGCAAACCCUGCAGUGACGUCCUACACCAGCCAGGUGGCGUUCUCCCCUCUGGCCCAGUCCGCCGUGUACUCCUCCUUCCCUCAGACGGGACAGACCUACGGCCUCCCGCCCUUCGGUGCUCUGUGGCCCGGCAUCAAAACAGAGACGGGGCUGCCUGAGGCGCCCUCUGCUGGCCAGCCGGGGUUCCUCAGCUUCAGCACCGCGUACACCUCCAGCCCGCCGGGCCAGCUCCACUACUCCUACCCGGGCCAAGGGUCCAGCUUCACCACAUCCAGCGUUUACUCCAACAUCCCCUCCGCUACGGCCGUCAGCACCGCCUCUGCAGCGGCUGGACAGCAGGAGUUCAGCAGCUACAGCUCUCUGGGUCAGAACCAGUUCUCCCAGUACUACCACCUUCCUCCCAACUACACUCCUGCCGGGCCGACCAGCACCGACGAGCCCGGCGCCGGCGCCGCCGGAUUCUCAGCGGUGAAGUCCGAAGAGGCCGCCCCAGCCGGACUGCCUCCCAGAGACGCGUCUCCAGCGGAGAACCUGCCGGCGGGUGCAGCUCUUCCUGCGGGCGGCGCCGGAGACCAGGAGGAAGUGGGUCGGCGGAACUCGGUGGGGAAGUCCAAAGGGAAGGCCAAGAAGUCUGAGAGCUCGCCGGCUGCCAGCAGCGACCUGGAGCGCAUCUUCCUCUGGGAUCUGGACGAGACCAUCAUCAUCUUCCACUCGCUGCUCACCGGCACCUACGCGCAGAAGUUCGGCAAGGACCCGGCCACCAUGCUGAACCUGGGCCUGCAGAUGGAGGAGCUGAUCUUCGAGCUGGCAGACACGCAUCUGUUCUUCAACGACCUGGAGGAGUGCGACCAGGUCCACAUCGAGGACGUGGCGUCGGAUGAUAACGGACAAGACCUGAGUAACUACAACUUCUUGGCGGACGGGUUCAGCGGUUCUGGAGGAGGAGGAGCAGCCGGCGGCGCCGCCGGGGUCCAGGGCGGCGUGGAGUGGAUGCGCAAACUGGCCUUUCGGUACCGCCGGCUAAAAGAGAUCUACAGCAGCUACAAAGGCAACGUGGGCGGGCUGCUGAACCCCGUGAAGAGAGACCUGCUGCUGCGGCUGCAGGCCGAGAUCGACGGCGUCACCGACUCGUGGCUCGCCACCGCUCUCAAGUCGCUGCUGCUCAUCCAGUCCAGAGGGAAGUGUGUGAACGUGCUGGUCACCACCACCCAGCUGGUUCCGGCUCUGGCCAAGGUUCUGCUGUACGGCCUGGGAGACGUCUUCCCCGUGGAGAACAUCUACAGCGCCACAAAGAUCGGGAAGGAGAGCUGCUUCGAGAGGAUCGUGUCUCGCUUCGGGAAGAAGGUGACCUACGUGGUGAUCGGAGACGGCCGAGACGAGGAGUUCGCCGCCAAGCAGCACAACAUGCCUUUCUGGAGGAUCUCCACCCACGGCGACCUGGUCUCCCUGCAUCAGGCGCUGGAACUGGACUUCUUGUAACCGACUCCAGGACGUGGCCACUGAAAGGGAACCGGGUCUGGGUCGACCCGCCUCCACGGCAGCUAAACCCGCCGCAGCUCAGACUCACACCCAGUUUACUCCUGUUAGGUUUUCUCUAAAGGUUCUGCAGCGGACCUGAAGACCGCUGGGCCCGUCCGGCGGGUCCGUUUAGUAUUAGUUUGAACCCAGAACUCUGGAUGGUUCUGUGUGGCGUGCUGAUGAUCUCACUCACAGAGCUCCAGUCCUGCAUGCAAACAUCGGUCCAGAUUUUCCUGCUGCGGCCCCAACAGAACCACCAGAACCCAGAACAGAGCUGAUGAACGCUCAGGGCGUCCUUAAUCCCAAAGAACCAGAACCAUUCCUUAUAACCCCUGUGGACACGUGGAGGUUCUGUUUCAGCUUCAUCCUGGAUGGGCAGAACUUCGUCAGAACUGCAGACGGGCUGAACGGGUCGCUCAGCGUCUGGACCUUAAAUGACGAGGGGUUCUGCGGGUCUGGAGGUGAUCGUGGAGCUCCGGUUCUGAUGGGUCAGAACAAAUGUAGCUUUUCCUUUAGAGAUGAAGAGAACCAGGAGGGCGUCUCUGCACGGUGAGGACCGCUGGAACCGGACCUUCUGAACCGGAGCGGUCCAGCUGGACCACUGAGUGAUUCUGAGCCCGGUUCUGCUCUGUGCCUUUAACAUCGUCUGUCGCGGCGCCGCGGGAUCCAAAGUGUUAUUUUAGUAGGGUUUGGUUCUGUUUCGUGUUCUGUGAUCCAAACAUCUCCAUCCAGCACCGACCCAAAGAUGGUUCCUGUGUUCUGGUAGGUUCUUCUCACCAGAGGGUCCUUUGGACUGGAGCUUAUAGUUGCUGAGACAAUCAGAAAAACUGCUGCACGGCUCAAAGACCCGGAUCUCCGGUUCUGCAGAACUUCUGAAGAUCUUUUGAGUCUUUGGAGUAAAAGUGAUACAUUUCUGUUUGCUUUGGUCCAAAGUCUGGUGUUAAAACUGCUCUGAUGUCAGAACCGGUCCAGUUUGUAGAACCCGGUCCAUUCAGCCUGAACAUCUGGUGCUGAUGCUCGGUGGAAGCAGAACCGCAGGAAGUUCUGCUGGUCCUUGAGUCGUGCAGCAGUCGUGAUGAAGCAGCGUUCCGGACCCGCCUGCAGGAGGAGGAAGUUCCUCCGCUCUGAAUGUUCCUGAAUGUUCCUGCAUGUUCUGCGGUGGAAGCGGCGCCGCGGGUCGGCCGGCGGCGCCGCGGGUCGGCCGGCGGCGCCGCGGGUCGGCCGGCGGCGCCGCUUCCUGGCGCUGUCGCCACUGAACUCUUGUUUUUCUGCUCUUCAUCUCGUUGGGAGAAACUGUAAAUACAUCCUAAACAUUUCAGCCUUGUGGUUUUUUUCCAGAAGUUCAGUUUUAUUUCGUAUCAGAAACUGAUUUCUGGCACCAUGGAGUUAUUUUGCUCAUCUGAAUAAAAAUAAAUAAAAGUUUUUGUGCAAAGAUAAA